UGAUACGGCCCUAGAUAUUGCCUCAUGUCAAGCUUCCUGUCUAUCCAUUGUUGGAAAGGCCGGAUUGACGUACUCGUCCCGGAAGAAGUGGGACUGACGCUCCGCCUCGUCCGCCUCGCCCGCGGCCACGGCCCGCACCAAAGCGAUGAUCAUAUCCGCGAUCGAAUCGUCAACCAGUAACUGCGGCAAAUGGCCGGGUCAGCCUUGCCAAACAACGGGAAUGUGGGGAACUUACGGGGGUGCACCCAACGGCUCUACGCUUGUGCAUGCGGCAGCGCGAACAGCAGGUCUCCCCCGCCGCCGAAGCGACGAGGGAGCACGCUAACCCUGAACGCACACAGCGGUGACAGGCACGCACCUCGUAUUCUAUCUCCGACUGUCCUACUAAUCCUUCUUCUGUGCCAUGGUGAUAGAGGUGAUUUGGCACCAUCCCUCGGGUCUGGCUGGUGUGCUCGGCGAUGGAUUCGGCUCUGCAAAGCAUUGAGCCAUGACAGGAGUUGCAUUGGCACUGCCCCUUGGCUGAAACACAUUCAUACAGACGUCUUGCAAAAGCUCAGGUCUUUUCAAAAGACGGUUGCUUCUAAUGACGUUUCGAGGGCGGCACUCGGUUCCGCCUCGUGUCAGGCGAAUAAAAGAGCGUAACGGUGCAUCAAGGAGUCGUUGUCGGCUCGACUCUGUUCUUGGGUCUGUGUCGAAGGGGGCUGGGCCGUUUUUCUUUCCACCGGUGGACAUGCGAUGACGCCGAAGCCCAUGCAAUAUUUGGCAAACAAGUGGAGGAUACAAAAGUCUCACGCGGUG